AUGAGAAUUUGUCAAAUUAUUGUUUGUGGCAAAAUAAAUUAAAAAUAUCUAAAAAAACGGGCUAAUUAUAAUGUCUGCGAUUGGAAUUGAUUUAGGAACGACAUAUUCCUGUGUUGGUGUAUGGCAGCAUGGUAAUGUAGAUAUAAUAGCCAAUGACCAAGGAAAUCGAACAACGCCUUCAUAUGUAGCGUUUACCGACACGGAGCGUCUUAUUGGUGAUGGUGCUAAGAACCAAGUGGCACUUAAUCCUUGUAAUACAAUAUUUGAUGCUAAACGUCUUAUAGGAAGAAAGUUUAACGAUCCCAAGAUUCAGCAAGAUCUCAAACAUUGGCCUUUUAAAGUAAUAAAUGAUAAUGGGAAACCAAAAAUUCAAGUGACCUUUAAGGGUAAAACUAAACUGUUUGCUCCAGAAGAAAUUAGCAGUAUGGUUCUAAGUAAAAUGAAAGACAUAGCUGCUUCCUAUUUAGGAACUACAGUAAAGAAAGCAGUCAUUACUGUUCCAGCUUAUUUUAAUGAUUCCCAGAGACAGGCUACAAAAGAUGCUGGCGCUAUAGCGGGUCUAAAUGUUCUACGUAUUAUAAACGAACCAACCGCAGCAGCUCUUGCAUAUGGGUUGGACAAACAUUUAAAAGGUGAAAGAAAUGUCUUAAUCUUCGAUUUAGGAGGUGGUACUUUUGACGUUUCCAUUUUAACCAUUGAUGAAGGUUCCCUUUUCGAAGUUAAAGCCACCGCAGGAGAUACACAUCUCGGUGGAGAAGAUUUCGACAGUCGUCUUGUUAAUUUUCUCUGUGAUGAAUUUAAAAGAAAGCAUAAAUUAGAUCUAAGCUCUAAUCCUAAAGCUUUACGUCGCUUACGGACUGCAGCUGAAAGAGCGAAGCGCACUUUAUCCUCGAGCACGGAAGCUAAUAUUGAAAUAGAUGCCCUACACGAGGGUAUAGAUUUCUUUGCUAGAGUGUCGAGAGCAAGAUUUGAAGAGCUCAAUGCCGAUCUAUUUCGAGUAACAUUAGAGCCCGUAGAGAAAGCCUUGAAUGAUGCCAAGUUAAGUAAGAAUUCCAUUAAUGAUAUUGUAUUAGUCGGAGGUUCAACUCGUAUCCCGAAGAUUCAAUCAUUAUUGCAAAAUUUUUUUAAUGGUAAAAAACUUAGUUUGUCAAUAAAUCCUGAUGAAGCUGUUGCCUAUGGAGCGGCGGUACAAGCUGCUAUACUGAGUGGUGAACGUCAUUCCAAGAUUCAAGAUGUCUUACUCGUUGAUGUCACGCCACUAUCCUUGGGCAUCGAAACCGCUGGCGGCGUUAUGACAAAUAUUGUUGCCCGUAACGCGAAAAUUCCUUGUAAACAUUCACAAACAUUUACAACCUACUCUGACAACCAGCCGGCGGUCACGAUUCAGGUAUACGAGGGCGAAAGGGCUAUGACCAAGGAUAAUAAUUUACUUGGAACUUUUGAUUUGACUGGCAUUCCAUUAGCCCCACGGGGUGUACCUCAAAUUGACGUAUCGUUUGAUCUGGAUGCCAAUGGUAUUCUGAAUGUGUCCGCUAAAGAAAAUAGCACAGGAAAGACUAAGAAUAUCGUCAUUAAGAAUGAUAAAGGGCGACUAUCUCAAGUUGAUAUAGAACGUAUGGUACUCGAUGCGGAGAAAUUUAAAGAUGAUGACAUGAAGCAAAGAGAUCGUGUGGUAGCUCGUAAUAAGCUUGAAAGUUAUGUUUUUGGCAUAAAGCAGGCGAUUGAUGAGGCUGGGUCUAAGCUAGGAGACGCAGAGAGCUCUAAGGCCCGUCGAAUAUGUGAAGAGGUCUUACGUUGGCUCGAAGUAAACGCCCUAGCGGAGAAAGAUGAAUAUGAAUACAAAAUGAAAGAAGUUUCUGCUGUGUGUGCUCCUUUAAUGAAGAAAUUACAUGGCGUUAGAUCGAGGUCCCAACAGAACGCUAGCAAUGACGGCCCAGUUAUCGAGGAAGUGGACUAAA